AUGAAGACCCUAGCAUCGCUUUCUUUUUGCUUGGCAUUGGCGGCCGGCCUUCCGAAUGUCCGGGAUCAAUUCGACCCAGCGAGCUACAGUAGCAGCAAUAUCAUCACUCGCGAUGUAGCCGUGGUCGGCGGAGGCAGCUCUGGUACCUAUGGCGCUAUCAACCUCAAGAGAAGGUGCAAGACCGUCGUCGUGAUCGAGAAGCAGAACAGGCUGGGAGGCCCAGUGGAGAGCUACACUGAUGCUGCUUCGGGCAACGCCACCGAUUAUGGAGUCCAGGCAUAUUGGAACAGUAAGUCCUUCUCAUCCAGCUACAUCAACCCCUAUGCUGAUCUCCCUCUUCAGUCUCCUUGACGCGCGACUAUUUCGGCUACUUGGGGGUCAACUACAUCAACAUGUCGUCGCCCUUAUCAGAGACAAUCUCCGCCGAUUUCAGGACUGGCCAGGAAGUGCAAGGCGUGGGUCAAAGUAGCGCCAACUACUCGCUCUGGGAAGCUCAACUUGCCAAAUACCCAACGCUGUCUUACAGCUGGGAUCUGCCUUACCCGGUCCCCUCUGAUCUGCUGCUAUCGUUCUCGGACUUCGUUGCCAAAUACAAUCUCCAGGACGAAGCCUACGACAUCUUCCAAGACGCCUCGGGCUUUUCCUCGCUCCUGCAACGACCGACUGUAGACGUCAUGAAAAUCGUGUCGGAAUACUACCUCAACUCUGCACAGGGCAACGGCGUCGUUACAAAGGACCACAACAACACGGAAAUCUACGCCCUCGCCCUGCAAAAGCUCGGCCAAGACGCACUCCUCUCCUCCACCGUCAUUGCUUCGUCUCGCUCGGCUUCCAACACCUCCUACCCGAUUCGCCUGGUCGUCAACACACCAACCGGCCCCAAGCUGAUCCAAGCCCAGAAACUCCUCAUCUCCAUCCCGCCCAUCCUGAGCAACCUCGCCCCACUGGAUCUAGACGCUACAGAAAUUUCCCUGUUCUCCCAAUGGACAUACAGCAACUACUAUGCAAUGCUGAUCAACAAUACCGGCCUCCCUUCCGGCUACCGCUUCAAAAACGUCGUCGCCGACAAUUCCACUUACCACAUCCCCGCCACCCCAGCGCCUUACUUCGUCAGCGAGACGCACAUCCAGGGCCUGUGGUACGUCUGGUAUACCUCUCCGUCGCCGCUGACCCAGCAAGCAGUCGAGGCCGACAUCGCCCGCACCCUCGGACGGCUCAGAAAGACAGCCAAUUCGACAUCGUCGGUGACGCCGACUUUUGUGGAAUUCAAGGACAAUUCGCCCUUCACUGUCGUUCCGCCAAGGGAUGCUUUGGCUAACGGCUUCUAUGAGAAGAUUAAAGGCCGUAAGUCGCGUUUCUCCCCUUGAUUGCGAUCUCUCGCGCUUUUUUUUUUUUUGCUAACAGAUCUUCUCUCUCUUUCUCUCUCGUGUAGUUCAAGGAAAGCGCAACACCUGGUAUACCGGUGCGGCGUGGGCUUCGAGCGAGAGCCCUGUCUUAUGGAACUUCACUUCCAAUUUGCUGCCCGAGAUUACUGCCUAG